AUGGCUCAACAUACGUAUUCGAUGCCCAAAUCGGAGUAUCCUAUUCUGCAGAUCCCAAGUGGCUCGACAGUGAACGUCUCAGUCAUCGAUAACUCUCGCAUGCGGCUCCCCUGCUCUCACCUCCUCACCCCACUUAUUCCGCAGCACGAAAUGCUCAAUUUGCCGUCUUUCUCCUUCCUGAUCGAACACCCUACGACAAAACGUAAGGUACUAUUUGACCUGGGUCUCCGGAAGGACCUAUCAGCGUUGCCCCCUGCAGUCCAGACUUUUCUCUCUGAAUCUGGCUGGGACUUGACUGUGACGAAAAACGUCACGGAAAUCCUAAAGGAGAAAAAUGUACUUCCGGAUGCUAUUGAAGCUGUGGCUUUAAGUCACCACCAUUUCGACCAUUUAGGCGACCUAAGUCAAUUACCAAAAGAUACCAAGAUCAUAGUCGGACCUGGCUUCCAGGAGGCAUAUUUACCUGGAUGGCCAAUCAAUCCCGAAUCGUCUCUGAUCGACAAAGACUGGCAAGAACACCCUAUCCAGGAAAUUGCCUUUAGUGACAAAUCUACAAGCCUUUCAAUCGGCGAAUUUCAAGCCAUGGAUUAUUUCGAAGACGGAAGCUUUUUUCUACUCAAUGCCCCUGGACAUACAAUUGGACAUCUUGCAGCGUUAGCAAGAGUGACCGCGGGCUUCCACUCCAGUUCCAAGUCCAGCGUUGAACAUCACCCGAAUGACACAUUCGUUUUUUUGGCAGGGGAUAUCUGCCACUAUCCUGGAGUGUUUCGACCAACGCAAUGGCUCCCUCUUGAUUCUAACGCUCACUCUAUUAUAAACUGCUGUCCACAAACGUUUUACCACGACAUCCAUCCAAAGAAGAGCCAUGUGAUGCCGUUUUAUGAAAUGCCAAAACAAGCAACAGUGGAUGAAAAAGCAGCGAGAGACUCCAUACGGAAACUCUAUGUUUUUGAUUGGAGUGAGGAUGUCUUAGUGAUCAUUGGACAUGACACGUCGUUGGUUGGGAAAGUAGACUUCUUUCCGAAAACUGUCAACGAUUGGAAGAGCAAGGCCAACAAGAGUAACCUGCAAUGGAGCUUUCUGGCCGACUUUGGCAGUGAUCUAAUUAGUUCCUAG